CCGUCCAGCGUUUACCAGAAGCUAGAUAGUUCUCUGCGCGAAAUUCGACUAUUAUCACCUGCAUCGCUGGAAAAUGGAACUACAUGGAAGCUGACGACGUUCGCACUCGAGACUUCUCCCCCAUUCACAGCGUUAUCAUAUCUCUGGGGAAAUGCCGCUGAAAAAGUCGACAUUGAAGUUAAUAGUCAACUUUUUCCAGUCACCUCGAGUCUUGCAUUAGCCCUUAGACAUAUAACAUGUCAUUGGCGACAACAAUUCCCGUGCCGACCAAUAGUGGAAUUUCGUCUCUGGGCAGACGCUUUAUGUAUCAAUCAGAACGAUGUCAAAGAACGGGAAGAACAAGUGAAGCUGAUGGCUACCCUUUAUUCCACGGCGGAAAUUGUAAUGAGCUCCCUUGGCCCAUCAACUGAGGCAAUGAAGGUGACCUUUGAUACUCUUCAUCUUGCCGAUGUGGGACUACCGGAUGACCAGUUUGACGCUAACAAGUCUUGGAGACUUCUCCGAGAGUUUUUAUACAUGCCAUACUGGCGUCGCGCAUGGGUUGUUCAGGAAUUGGUUUUGGCAAAAAGUCUUCUG